UGAAAUUAAUCGUGUAUUUCCUUCAUUUUUGUUUUUCAAGCCUUUGAAGACCCUGCUGCCAUACGGCUGCACGCACCGUGCUCUCACCCCGCAUUCCUCGUCACUCGAAAGUCGGGGUAAACCACCGGAUUUUUUCACGAGUGAUUCCAGACCAUGAAUGGAGAAAUGGAUUCCACUGCUAAAGAACCCGUUUGGGAGCAGAAUGACCUGUUGAAGCUGUUGGAUGCCAUGAAGGGGAACCUGCCGGACAAAGAUCUGGCCAAGUACAAGACGUCCGAGUCUCAUUUGGACUGGGAGAAAGUGGCUUUCAACUCUUACUCUGGGGACAUGUGCAAACAGAAAUGGCAGGAAGUUUCAAAAGAGAUUCGGAAAUUCCGGACCCUUACUGAGCUGAUCGUGGAUGCGCAGGACUACAUCAAAAAUCCAUACAAAGGAAAAAAGCUGAAGAAGCACCCAGACUUCCCCAAAAAGCCAUUGACGCCAUAUUUCCGUUUCUUUAUGGAGAAGCGUGCCAAGUAUGCUAAACUACAUCCAGAGAUGAGCAACCUAGAUCUCACAAAAAUCCUGUCUAAAAAAUACAAGGAGCUCCCGGAUCGUAAGAAAGAGAAAUAUGUCAAAGACUUUGUCAAAGAAAAGGAGACUUUCAUGCUUAGCAUGAUGAAAUUCAAGCAAGACCAUCCCGACCUUGUGGAGAAUGUUAACAAGAAGUCCAAUAUUCCAGAGAAGCCCAAGACACCCCAGCAACUGUGGUACGGCCACGAGAAGAAGGCUUUCCUCAAAGCACACCCAGAUGCGACUACCAAAGACAUAAAGGACAGUCUUGGCAAGCAGUGGCCACAGCUCUCAGACAAGAAGAGGAUAAAGUGGAUCACAAAGUCUUUGGAGCAGAAGAAAUUGUAUGAGGAGAAGAUGCGCGAGUUCAUACAGCAGCACCCAGAGAUGAACUUAACAGAGGAGGACAUCGUCAAAUCCACUCUGACCAAAGCAGAGAGACAGCUCAAAGACAAGUUUGAUGGGCGGCCAGACAAACCGCCUUCUAAUGGUUACUCUAUGUUCUGUGCUGAGCUGAUGUCCAGUAUGAAAGAAGUUCCCAGUACAGAGCGUAUGGUCAUGUGCAGCCAGCGAUGGAAACUCCUCAAACAGAACGAGAAAGAUGCCUACCAAAAGCGCUGCGAGCAGAAAAAGAAAGAAUACGAAGUCGAGAUGAAUCGUUACUUAUUAAGUAUCUCAAAAGAGGAGCAGCAGAGAAUACUAUCAGAACAGAAGAUGGGCAGCUUUAAAAAGGGAGGUGGAGGCAGUAGUCCUGCUUCCAAAAAGAACUCCAAAGCAAAGUCCAGUACAGAGAAACCCAAGCCUCCGGUCUCUGCAAUGUUUAUUUUCUCUGAGGAGAAGCGCCCAAAACUUCAGCAGGAAAGGCCUGAUCUUUCUGACAUGGAGCUCACCAGACUACUGGCCCGCAUGUGGAAUGAGCUUUCUGACAAGAAGAAGGAAAAGUAUAAAAACCUGGAGGUCACACUGAAGGCAGAGUCUGAAAAACAGAGUAAAGAGGACAAAGGGAAACUACCGGAAACGCCCAAAACAGCUCAGGAUAUCUGGCAACAAAGUGUCAUUGGAGACUAUCUUGCAAGAUUUAAGAAUGAUCGGGCAAAAGCUCAAAAAGCCAUGGAAGCCACCUGGAACACCAUGGAGAAGAAAGAAAAGAUCAUGUGGAUCAAGAAGGCAGCAGAGGACCAGAAGAGAUAUGAAAGAGAGCUGAGCGAGAUGCGAUCGCCUGCCCCAGUCUUCACCUUAGGGAAGAAAAUGAAAUUUGAUGGUGAACCCAAGAAACCACCCUCGAACGGUUAUCAGAAGUUCUCUCAGGAGAUGCUGUCGAACGGAGAGCUGAAUCAUCUGCCCAUGAAAGAGCGCAUGGGUGAUGGGGGCCGCUGGCAGAGGCUCCUUCAGAAAGAGAAGGACCGUUACAAAAGGCUGGCAGAAGAGAAACAGAGGCAGUACAAAGUGCUGCUCGAGCAGUGGCUUGCGAGUUUAUCAUCACAAGAGAGAACUGCUUAUAAAGAAUAUCAUUCUCUGAAACGGAGGAGCACAGCAAAACCAGGUGGCACCCCUGCUAAAGCAAAACCCAAGGCCAAACGAUCGGAUGAGGAAGAGGAGGAGGAGGCGGAGGAGGAUGACGAGGACGAAGAAAAGGAAUCUGAUGACGGGUCCUCUUCCGAUGAUGACAGCAACGAUGACGACGACGACGACGAUGAUGAAGACGAAGAUGAUAAUGAAGAAGACGUAGAGGACGAAGAGGUUGAGGAUAAAGAGAAUAAGUCAGAAAGCAGCAGCAGCACUUCCAGCUCUGAUGAUUCAUCGGGCUCGGACUCGGACUGAGCCGGAGCCGAUUCAGGCUGAGCCCACAGACUGCCAGAAACGCUGUGAACUGAGCCAUGAGCCGGGGGUCUGAGCCCGCUCUGCACUGCGCUCUUCUCACCACAGGAGGGGGCUCACCCCGCCGUCACACAUCUGCGCCACCUCUCACACACUCUUCCUUUAGCUUCUCUUCUCUCCUGCACUUCUGCUAUUUUAUUUGAAACUUCCUCGAUAAAUUGGCUUGGCAGGUUUUAAGACAUUUUAGGCAAAGUGUACGAGGAUGUUCGGUCUAAGUUCCUCCCAACACCGAAAAAAAAAAAAAAAAAAAAAGGGUGCAGUGCUCUGCUAUUGGCUUGUAGUAGUUAUUAGGUGUUUAUGUUUUAGAGGACGUAGAGAGCACCAGGUGCCAUUUUCUUUUCUGUAAAUGAGCCAAAGAGACUCUUAGUUUCACAGAUUAUUUCGGGAGGUACAGGGGACCAAAUAAUUGCACUCUGAAGAAUGUUUGCUUUCUUUUCUUCUGUCUGUACCUCUCUUGUUCUUCCAAGUAGUGUCGUUCCUCUCCCUUUCCCGCUCCCACCAUUUUUGCUUUUUUGUGUUUUGUUUUUGCUUUUUUUUUUUUUUUUUUUUGGUUCAAAACAAAUGUGGUAUUUUCAGGAACAAUGAAGCCAUUUUGAAUGUCGCCGCAUGGACCCCGCCGGUCUCGCUCGCGGUUUUUGUUCAGCAGGCGUUUGUGCGCUGCCCUUACCUGCUCCUGAUGAGGGGUUAAAGGUGAAAAUGGACUAUUUAUUUUUGUCCUGUUUUAGGAAUGCUGCCCGUAGCUGUUUUGCGACAGCUGACGGGUUUGAGUUCGCUGUUCAUUCAGAUAAUAAAACCGACUGAUGUUACAUAACGAGGAGGACUAGUUUCUCAGUUAAUUGUUUGGCAGCACAAGCAAAGUUCUUUCAGAAAUAUGCUUGUGUUGAUUUGUUUUUGUUGUUUUUUUUAUGGGGCAUCAACUUGUUUUUCUUCCAUUGGUUAAUAAUGGUUAUGUAUUGUUUUGAAGCAGAUUUUUGUUCCUUUUUCCAACCACUGUUUUACUUGGUGCUCCAAAGAACUGUUUUCUUUUUAAAACGGUAUGUUUUAAAUAUGAUGGAUGUGAGUUACCCCACAAUUCAGUGCACUUAUGGACUCCCUUGCUCACAAGCCCUGUGUUUAGUUUUUUUUCAGUAUUGCUCUUUCUUCAUUUCAUUCAUCAGCCCAUAAUGUCAGCCACUUCACAGGUCUUUCAUGCACCAGCUCAAGGAAUGUAAUGGAGAUGUUUUAUUUAAGAGAGGGGUACCGUUAUUUGUCAUGUGUUUAUGUAUAUAUGAGCAGUUUUGAGGGUGACUGGUAUAUUCUUUCAUUCCAAUGCCCUGGCCUGAAAUGGCAACUUAGUUUAGUUAAACCCAGCUUCCUCUGCUGAGCUACCACCUUUUACUCAGUAUUUUUAUGCAGCCCUCACUUCAAUAGGGGCACUGUAAAAAACAAACAAAAAAAUUCUCCAUCCAUCUAAUUUUUGAGCCUUUGUAAUUUGCAUAUAAAGACAAGGGUAUAAUUGUGGGGGAGGGAUGGGGUGUUGCUGUAAAAACAGAGCUGGAUGCUGUAUUUGCUGUAUUAGACAUGUGACCUUUCUUCUAGGCACCCAAAAUAAUUAAGGCCUGUAUCAUGCAAAACGUUGUGUUCUUUCAGUUUGAAAAACAUAAUUUGGUUAUAGAAGAUUUGAAUGAUGGGCCGGGAUAAGAAACCCAGUGGACCUUUCAAGAUUUGUUGAUAUUUUAUAGGAUUUUGAGACUUGCAAAUAGAUUUGGGUUGGGUUCAGUGCUGUUGUAAGGUAUUUGUACAUAUAGAUUUUUUUUCUUUCUUUUCUUUGUAAUGAGUGAACAUUUAUUGCGUUUGUAUUUUGCGUUGGCUAAGCAAUAUUCGGCUAUAGCCAAAAUAAGUUUGUUUGUCAAUUGGGGACAUGUUUUUAAUUUGGUAAGUUUUAGGUUGUUUUUUUUUACCCCUCCCGUGUUUGUUUGUUUAUUUGUAGAAAUGGUAAAAAAAAAGAGAAAUUUGUACUACAGAUUUGAAACAUUUGGACGUUUUCUAUAGCAAGAGAUGAUAUAUCCCUGCAAUUUACAAUUUGAGCAAAUAAACCUUCUCUUAAUCA